CCGAGGACGCGGGCAGAGGCGGCGGCGGGCACCAUGGCGGGGAGCACGCUGCCGCGGGGCACCGUGGCGCGGGGCACCAUGGUGCGGGCCACGCUGGCGCGGGGCACUAGGGCCAUCUACCCCAACAUCCCCGCGGGGUUGCCCCCGCACCUCCAGGCCGGGGCGAUGCGGCGCCGUUUCUGGGGCGUCUUCAACUGCCUGUGUGCCGGCGCAUUCGGGUCCCUGGCCGCCGCCUCCGCCAAGCUGGCCUUCGGCAACAAGGUGCACGUGGCCUCCUGUGUCUUAGGCAUCUUCGUGAUGGCGACCGCCAACUCUCUGAUGUGGACGUUCUUCAGCCGCGGCCUCAGUUUCUCCAUGUCUUCAGCCAUUGCAUCUGUCACGGUGACUUUUUCGAACAUCCUCAGCUCGGCCGCCCUGGGCUUUGUGCUGUACGGAGAGAGCCAGGAGGUGCUGUGGUGGGGAGGCGUGUUCCUCAUCCUCUGCGGACUCAUCCUCGUCCACAGGAAGGCCCUUCCGCACAAGCAGCAGUAGAGGCACUUGGCCGGUGGGCCAGCGGGAAAGACGGCGGUGGCGGCUCAGGCUCGGGCUGGCGGGCUGGCGUGUGGGGACUGCUUCCCAGGGCGAUCGGGGGUGCGGCCUUCUGACCAUCAGCCGAAGGGAGUUGCUGCCGAGGGCCGCAGGCCUGUGACUGAGCCGCCUUGGGGUGGCAGCUCCGGCUCCUGGAAGGGGAACCGCGGCGCAGCAGGCUCUGCCCCGGCAUCUGGCUGUCUGUGGUGCUCCGAUUCCCCCCUCCGGGCCCACCCAGGGCCGUGCAGGAGCUGGACUCGAACCAGCUGUAAUGGUAGCCUGGUGGCCCAAGUCACGUGACACGCCAGUGCCUGGUGGGACUUGGACAACUUCGUGCCGAUGUGUCGGGCUGGCUGUGCCAUAUUAUAGGAGGAGGAAGACGGGAUUAAUGCUUUCUUGUAAGUUAAAGCAUUCUACCAGGUGUGGAAUCCUAAUUCCUUCCCACAUUUAUUUUUCUUCCCUAAGUUUUUGGAGUCGGAGGGAGCAGCCAGGGCGAGCUGCAGCUCCCGAGUGGUUAUAGCCCUCACCUUCCCCGGCCUGGGCCCAGCUGCAGGGCGCACAGCUCCUUCCGACGUCCCCGGGCCGGCGCCUUCAGGUCGGGAAGGCCUGGCCAUUCCCUUGGUCCUCACGGAGAGAAGCUGGAGCUCGCUUUGGGGACCCAGUUUUAUUUUACUUAUUAGGAUACAAAACUGGCCCAGAGGCUCUCACCCCCACUUCACCUUGAGGCCCCUCUGUCCUUUGGUUGUUUCCCAGGCUCCUGUGACUUUGUGUCUUACCCGUGACUGUGACUCUAGUUGCUGCCCACACACUCCCGUGCAUGGCCGAUGUGACGCUCACCUGCUCCGGUUCCUCGGGGCUCCCUGGAGGCCUGAGCCCUCAGCUUGCCUGAAGUGACCUCUGGCCCUAGGUUCCUCCAGCAUUCCCUGCGGUGGAAAGGGACCCGGGACCAGAAGGCUGGGGAGGAGAAGGGCCAUGUCCAGGCGGUCCCCCUCUCCGUGCACGUAGCGCCUUCACUGCCCUCCAGUUCUCACUGCCGACAGGGCUUCCUCUACUUCCACGGCUCCUGCUGACUGGGACCUGCCCUCGCUGCCUCUCCCCAGCUCCUCUCUUGCUGCCUCCUUGAUACCCCGGGGUUGAGCCUGGCACUCCUGUGUUGAGAAGUCAGGGAGACGGGUGAGGUAGGAUAACCAGGCAAGUGUGGCGUCCUGGGGGCAUCACUCCAGAAAAAGGCAGCGAUCGCCCAGGCUGAUGCUGAGGGUCAAGGGAGGGGAAGACGGAGAAGAGGCCAUUGGACUCGGAGAGAGCGAGCAUUGACAGGAGCAGCUUGGAGGAGGGCGGGGCCACAGCCUGAGCAGAUCAGGUUCAUGAGGGAAUGGAGGGUCUUCCACUGAUGCCGGGAAAGUUCCACCCCUUUCGUGGUAAAAAAAACACUCAGCAAACUCGCGCCACAGUGAAUGUCAUCCCUAAGGUCAGGGACAGACAGGUGCCCGCCUUCACCACUCCCCCCGCAUGUGACUGCCAGUUCUCACCAGAAGGAGAAGGACGAAGCACGUUAUCUGCUCGGAGAUGACAUGAUCUUCUAGGCAGCGUGUGCUGAAGGAGCUGCCCCAUUCCUCAGAAGCCUCGGGGGGCCCAGGGGAGGGAGACCCCGAGUCGUCCUGGCAGGAGGCGCCUCCCUGUGCCAGCCGCAAGCUGUUCCUCUGUCCUCAGACCUGCUCAGAUGAUCCAUGUGCUUUAAUUAAACAGAUGCUUCAA